UUUCAUUUACUGGCAACAAAUCUAAAACAGAAAGUAAGUACUCUGUUUUUCCCCUGUAUUUUUAAGCUUCUUUUCAUCUUUAAAACCAGACAAAGAAGAUGGUUGAAGUAGAAAGAGUAGAGAGUUUAGCAAAGAGCGGAAUCGAAUCAAUCCCAAAAGAAUACAUCCGUCCAAAAGAAGAACUCGAGAGCAUCAACGACGUUUUCCAAGAAGAGAAGAAACAAGACGGUCCUCAAGUCCCCACCAUCGACUUACAAAACAUCGAGUCUAAAGACGAAACGAUCCGUGGGAAAUGCAUGGAGGAGCUCAAGAAGGCUGCUAUGGACUGGGGAGUGAUGCAUCUGAUCAACCACGGCGUACCGGUUGAACUUAUGGAGCGUGUGAAGAAAGCAGGAGAAGAGUUCUUCGGUUUAAACGUGGAGGAGAAGGAGAAGUACGCAAACGAUCAAGCCGCAGGGAAGAUUCAAGGGUAUGGAAGCAAGUUAGCUAACAACGCGAGCGGACAGCUGGAGUGGGAAGACUACUUCUUCCAUCUUGUCUAUCCUGAAGACAAGAGAGAUCUAUCGCUUUGGCCUAAGACACCAAGUGAUUACAUAGAAGCGACGAGUGAGUACGCCAAGUGUCUUCGUUUGCUAGCAACAAAGCUCUUCAAGGCUCUCUCUAUCGGUCUAGGCUUAGAGCCUGACCGUCUAGAGAAAGAAGUUGGUGGUUUAGAAGAGCUUCUUCUACAGAUGAAGAUAAACUAUUACCCGAAAUGCCGUCAGCCUGAGCUAGCGCUUGGCGUGGAAGCUCACACGGAUGUAAGCGCUUUGACCUUCAUUCUGCACAACAUGGUUCCGGGUCUGCAGCUUUUCUACGAGGGCAAAUGGGUCAUUGCAAAAUGUUUUCCUGAUUCCAUUGUGAUGCACAUUGGAGAUACGUUGGAGAUUCUUAGUAAUGGCAAGUAUAGGAGUAUACUUCACCGUGGGUUGGUGAACAAGGAGAAGGUUAGAAUCUCUUGGGCUGUGUUUUGUGAGCCACCCAAGGAUAAGAUCGUUCUUAAGCCGUUGCCGGAGAUGGUGAAUGCUGAGACUCCGGCUAAGUUUCCUCCAAGGACAUUUGCUCAACAUAUUGAGCAUAAGUUGUUUAGGAACAACAAACAAGAGGAACUUGUGCCUGAGAAAAAAGACCAAGUUUGAGUCUCUAAUACCCUAUAUAUAUGUUACAGUCUCUCUUUUCUUUUGUGUGUUGUGUCUUUAUCCUGCAUUUGAUGUGUGCAUCUUAUAAUUUGAAGACAUAUAUUAUAUCUCUACAGAUUGUGUAAUUAGAAUAUAUGUUAGUAAAAUAUAUGAACCACAGGUUGUAUUAAGAGCUUGAGAGUAUUUUCUGAUUUACAUUCUGUU